AUGUCAAAAUUAAGUACCCUCUUCACCUUAACUCUUUUAUUAAGCUUGUGUUUAACUUAUGCCUCUCGUCCUAAUCUUGGAUUUAAAGCUCUCUCUUCUCUACAUGAGGAUAAUAUUGUUGGUAGCAAGGUAUCAAGUGUAGAAUUGGAUGAUGAUGAGAGUUGUGAAGGAAUUGAAGAAGAACAAGAAUGUUUGACAAGAAGGACACUAAUGGCACAUCUUGAUUAUAUCUAUACUCAACAUAAACCCAAAAAUUAG